CAGAACGUAUUGCGCGCUGCGUAACCUAUAAGGGAGAAUUCGUUUGGAUACGAAUAAACUCACUGGGUACCGACCGGGCCACCUGUAUGGUAACUGAAUUAGGCUACCUCUUCGCGCAUUUGGAAUGUGUUUUAAAAAUGACGUGCCACUUUGCGAAUGUUUUUCAUUUCAGGUUCCAAGGACCAAAAGCCUGAUGCCCUCUCCAAACCGUUUGACCCACCUGAACUGGAAGAGAUACGGGAACCCAUUCUCUCAAGCUCCAGGGUUGUGGCACCAGUUCACUGGGGAAUUGAAGCCAUCAUCAGGAAGGCACAACAGAGGGGGGCAGACCCAGGACUCAUUGCUGUGCUUCUGAUGGUGUUGGAGUGGACCCGACCGGGACUGCCAUCCCCACUACGGCCCAUCUGUGACCCACGGGUCCUGGACCACUUCAUCAAGGAGGCCCGAGACACAGAGGCUGCCAUGCGGGCUUGUAGGGAAGGCUGUGGGAUAGCCGAGCCGCUGACCCUUCCCCUGACGAGCGUCGACUUCUCCGUCUGGGAGAAGAAAAAUGUCCAGGAGCAGGCCCGGGAGGUGCAGGCAGGACUGUCCUUACUGGGACAGGCCAUCAGCGCCGUUCGAGCGUCGGUCACCAACAGUGCACUACACAGUCUCAUAGAGAGCAGCUACAACAACAUCCGCAGCAUAGGGCAGGUGCUGACCAGCCUGAACAUACAGGAGGUCACCUCUUCUCCAGGUGGGAGUGAGGAUACGUGGCGUGUGAGCACCAUGUCAGAACUGUUUCGGGUCCAUACCAACUUCCUGCGUGGCAAAGUACGCCUCCUGUUGUCCUCCGCCCCGGCAUGCAACCAGGACUCAAGCUGAUUGGAGCUCUCCAGGGUGGGGAAGCUAGAUGAUUGGACCUCCUGAGGGAAAGGGGUGGGACAUGGACCCUGGUUAACACUGGGCAGAACUUAAUGAGUGGAAGUCCAGGACGGAAGGGAUGCCAGUUGACAAAACUCAUGCGGGCGGGACUUGAACGGAUUAAUGGCUAAAUUGUCAUGGAGGAUAUGUAGCAAGCCAUACUCCCAGCACGUGACAUGAUGCAAGCAGGAAUUCAACCGGAAUUCAAAUGCAGAGGAGAUAAGGUGAUUGUGGUGAAGGACUGUGAAUUCAACAAACACUUGAAUUCACUGCUGUAGAACAGUCCAAAACCCCUCCACCGUGAUUAUGUGCAACUGGACCCAUAUGUUUGGACCUACAGGAUGUACAACUGGACCCAGCCCCCUGGCCCAGAAUGCACUGCGCCUGUUGCCUCAUCACCUAACCUAUCCCUGCUGAGAAAUAUAUUCUGUGUAUUCUCCAAUCUGCCAUCUCCUGGCUUACCACACAACACAACUGAAUUGAUAAUUGCUGCACAAUUGUUGUUCUCUUUUCAUCCAUUUGUUUUUCUUUACAUGUUUUUUUACAUCACUUUUAUAAUGUCAUUGUUGCGUGUGUGUGUGAGUGUGAGUAUACACUCAGUUAGCACUUUAUUAGGUAUUUAUUAGACUUAUUUUUUAGACUUCUACUGCUGUAGCAUAUCCACUUAGAGUUAUGAUGCGUUGUGUGUUCUCUUCUGCAUACCACUGUUGUAAUGUGUGGUUAUUUGCGUUACUGUCACCUUUCUGUCAGCUUUCCAGUCUGGCUAUUCUCCUCUGACGUCUCUCAUUAACAAGGCAUUUCUGUCUGCUGAACUGCUGCUCACUGGAUUUUUUUUGUUUUGUUUUUUGGACCAGAGACUAGUUUGCGUGAAAAUACCAGGAGAUCAGCAGUUGAGAUACUGAAUAGAUACUCUGAGAUACUCAAACCACCCUGUCUGCCACCGACAAUCAUUCCACCUUCAAAGUCACUUAGAUCACAUUUUUCCCCAUUCUAAUGGUUGACAUGAACAUUAACUGAAGCUCCUGACCUGUAUCUACAUGAUUGUAUGCAUUGCACUGCUGCCACUCAAUUGGCUGAUUAGAUAAUCACAUGAAUACGUAGGUAUACAGGUGUUCCUAAUAAAGUGCUCGGUGAGUAUAACAGUGUUUUAGCUGAAUCGCUAAACCUUGAGUCCGUGUCAAAGUCCAAAGUCCUCAAUAUUGAAGUCCGAGUGUCAAGAUCGAAUCCCUGUAUUCCACUCUUUCACAAAAAACGAUUUAAAGGGUCUAAUUUAAACAAUAAUCACUCUUUCAAAAUGAGUUCAUUCAAUCUAACCCUGUCCAUACUUGAAAAGCAUUGGCUGAUCGAAUAGAAAGUCACUCGACUUAGCAAUUCACUCGUCAGGGGUGUGUAAAAUGGACAACAAUGUGUCUUGAAGAUGAGUAAAAAAAAAGCUAUUCAUCAGAUACCACAGGAUAAGUUAUCUGGUUCAGAUUCAGGGGGUUUUCUGUAAAGGGAAGCGAUCACAAUAAGUUACUGGACUAAUAAUAGUCUAUAGGCUACCGCCUAUAUGAUAAAAGUAAUGGGAACAUUGAGUUUCUUGUUUGAAAUUUUAAUUUUCACAUUGGAGGAUAUGCGGAAUGAGAAAUGAAAAUGCAUAGUUCACUUUACACUAUAGUAUGUACUGCUGGUGUCAGGGUUCCAAGGGCAGCCUCACAAAUCAGGUCCAAAACCCUCGGGCUGAGUUAAUAUGUAUUGCCUCAUGCGUUUAUUCAAAUAAGCUACAGUAUUUUCCUAAUUAUCAUUGCAACAACAUAUUUUUGAGUAGCCUGAGAACAUUGGGAAGGAAGCAGACCUAAUGACAGUGACGCUUUGUUAUUGUUUUGUUUAACCCUCGCUUCAGGGGUCCUGUUUUGGUUAGCUUGCACGGCUCAAGUGAUUAGAUACAUCAAGAUUAACUGACUGAUGAACGACAGUGACAACAGCUUUAGCGGAAACAUCUUCCACAUCAGUAGGUUAACCUGUUAGCAAUCAAUUGCUAUAUUGUUACAUUACUGGCAACCAAAUAUUAGCCAGUUAACAGUUUUUCAAAUGUAACUGGCAUGAAGUUAAAAAAGCAACCAUCUUCAUGAUGGAUUACCUUAGUAAACUUUUGGAUAAUCUUUCGCCAAAAGGACUAGAAAUCACUUGGUUGAGAAACCAAAGGAGAAAGCUGUCAGCACCAUGGUUAGUUUGCCCGAAGAGAUGAUGGACAACUCGAGACAAUUGAUUACUAUAACACUGAUACACACAAUGAGCACUUUAUUAGGUACUUAUUAGACAAUUUUUCUUCUGCUACUAUAGCCUAUCCACUUAGAGGUCUGCAUACCACUGUUGUAAUGUGUUUGAGAGUCUGGUUUUUCUCCUCUGACCUCUCUCAUUAACAAUGCGUUUUUGCCCACAGAACUGCUGCUCACUGGAUGUUUUUUGUUUGUCGCACCAUUCUCUGCAAACUCUAGAGACAAUACCAGGAUAUCAGCAGUUUCUGAGAUACUGAAACCACCCUGUCAGGCACCAACAAUUAUUCCACAGUUAAAGUCACUUAGAUCACAUUUCUUCCCCAUUCUAACAUUUGGUCUGAAAAACAGCCAAACCUCUUGACCAUGUCGGCAUGCUUGUAUGCAUUAAGUUGCUGCCACAUGAUUGGCUGAUUAAAUAUUUGCAUUAACGAGCUGGUGUACAGGUCUACCUAAUAAAGUGCUCAGUAUGUGUAUAUACAUUAGAUUAUAUUAUUACAUUACAUGUCAUUUGGCUGGCACUUUCAUCCAAAGCGACUUACAGUUGAUUUUAGACUAAGCAGGAGACAAACCUCCCCUGGAGCAAUGGAGGGUUAAGGGCCUUGCUCAAGGGCCCAACAGCUGUGCGGAUCUUAUUGUGGUGACACCGGGGAUCGGACCACCAACCUUACGGGCCCCAGUCAUGUACCUUAGCCACUACGCUACAGGCCUCCCCUAUACAGUAAGUCUAUGGGGUUUAAAAGUGAAUAUUUAGGAAUUUAUUUGCACCCAUUAUUGCACUGAUGACCUUUGAGUAUAUGAUGCGAAUGAAGAGACAUAUUUAUGAUGUUUAAGUAUGACUAAGUAUGUGCAUUCAUGCACGUGUGAGUGCAUGUGGUCAUUCCUGAAUGUGCGCAUGAGUCAGGGAGACAUAUCUCUACUCAGCACAAGUACAGAGUAGAUUGACGGAGGCUGUGGCCCGGGUUCAGUUAGGGUAAUGGAAAAAAAAGUUGGGGAGAGAUAGAGAGAGAGAGAGGGAGAGAGAGACAGAGAGAGAGAGACAGAGAGAGAAUGGGAAAAAAUGAAGAGAGAGAGAGGGUGUCAAAGGGUCUUCGUGAGAAUGAAGUAGCAGUGCAGUCUUUAUCUUUGUCACUGACUCAUACAGGGGAAUGCUCAAAUACAGUCUUCCACAGAUAACACAACUGCCAGGAAAAAUAUUGAUUGGUUUAACCAUGGACUUCCUGCCUGCCUUGGUUCUUCUCACACAAACUGCUAAUAGGACUUACACAGCCUGGGAACGGAAUAAUUUUCUUUUUAAUUGUGAGGCACUUUGCCCGUCUUGUUUGUUUUCUUUUCUGUGUUCUUGUUUUGAUAUUAUUUCCUUGUUCGGUGUCUUUUCGUUCAACCUCUGUCGCGGUGCAAUUGCUUUCCGAAGGAUGUUUGUUCUUUUUCCUGUUUCUUUGUAUUUCUUCCUUUGUCACGCGUCUGUUAUCACAGUGCUAUUUGGUAUUUAAGUACAAAAUAUUUUUCUUGGAUUAAAAAAGUGGUAAAUGACAACA